UAUUUUGUAUUCGCCUUGUCGUAAAGUCGGAAUUUAAAUUCGGAAUGUCCUCUCCUGUUUCUAUUUUGGCAGGAUUGAAUUAAGGAAUUUCGAUCUUUUUUUUUUUUUAUUGGUGGUGUAUGUGGUGUGUUCUCUGUUCAUUCUACUACUACUCUGCCUCUUCAAGGACGUCAUAGGCAAACCCGCCCUUCUCUCAGCCCACACCUCCCCCCUCCCGCCACCCGAAAAGUGUGUCGUCGAUCGAUUCCGUUUUCUCUGCUUCUCCGUGUGUGUUGUGUGUGCGCGCUCCGCUAGUGCCCGCCGCCGCCAUCAGUAAGGGUUCCUUUCUCCUCCGCUCCAUCCCGAUGAUUGUCUCCGUGUGCGAUCUCUGUAACAAUAUCAUCGUCAUACAGAACUGGCUAUGCUGAUCUGCGCCAUGCCCUACACCCGACACGGUGUCGAUACGGGGGCAGUGAGUGUCCUUUCCCUCAUUACGGUCCCCGUCUCGAUUCCGGUCAACCUGCCGCCCCAGUUGAAUUCGUUGUACUCGGCUGCUGCGGCGGCCGCUGCGGCAGCGGCCGUGGCGGCCCACGGUCCCGGUAACCACGGCAAUCACGGUCCACUACCUCCUCUGUGCACGAGCGCUAGCGGUGGAGGUGGUGGCAGUAGCGGCGGAGGCCCGCAUCACAUGUCUCAGAAUCCCAAUUGCCAUCAGCAAGUCCAUCACCAAGCUCUGUAUGGCUGCACUGGCGGCCAUCAGCACCACCUGCCGGCCUCUACGCAACUCCACCAGCUGGCCUCUUGCUUGCCUCCUCCUCCGCCGCCUCCUCCACAACACCAGCAUCAUCAACACCACCCGCACCAUCACCCUUACACGCCCAUCUACCACCACCAUCAUCACCAUCCGCACCACCAUCACCACCAUCACCACCAGUUGGCCGGCCAUCCUUUAGCCGGUCCGUCACAGGGCCAUCAGCCUUUACAGGUUACCUCGCUCGGCGUUGGCAUCGGCGUGGGCGUCGGUGUAGGAGUCGGCGUCGGUAUGGUCCAGCCGGCUCACAACCAACCCCCCUUUGCUCACGUUCCUCCGCCAACAUUGCUCCAGCAGCGGACAGCAGAGUCGGACUACCGCCGAGCUGCUGCCGCCGCCGCUGCCGCAGUCGGUCCAUCCGCCUACUCUCAGGCUGGAUCCUUCAACCCUAUGCCUCUCAAUCCCGCAGCUUCCUCUAUCGCCUCUUCAUCUUCCUCUUCCUCAACCUCAUCCUACGGCCACGUCCGUCAGCAGCAACAACAGCAGCAGCAACAACAACAACUCUCCCUCCACCACCAACAAUCCAUGUCGUCCUUGGCCUCCAGCGGAGGAGGACGGCUGUCGCUCAACAACCAAGGGGGGUACACCAUUACGGGCCAUUCGAAUCCAGGUGCCACUCAGAACCAUCCAGGUCUCAAUCAACUCCAAGGCCAUCCCUUCUUCGUCCACGACGGUCUCCUGCACCAUCACCACCACCACCAUCAGCAGCAGCAACAGCGUUUGCGAAGAAGUCGCCAAAACAACAACAACAACAACAAUAACAAUAAUAACAAUGGGAUGAUGGCUGCUGGAAGCAGUAAUUCCGGCUCAGCCGCAGGUUCGUCCUCAUUAGGAGCUUCGUCUUCAUCCAGCGCGUCCAUCGCGGCAGUAGCGGCCAAUGCGGCCACGGUGGCAUCCAUGUCGGCUGCGGCCGCAGCUGCAGCUGCUAGAAGAGUAUGGCGAUCAGGACCGACAACCGUUCCACCUCCGUAUCCUGGAUUCCUGCUCUCUUUCUUGGCAAUGUUGUCUAAUCCGCCGCUGAAUUAUGGACCCGAUUUGGGAGCAGCAUCCGCCGAUCCCGUCGAGACUGAAAACUACGAAGCUCUUCUCAAUCUGGCCGAACGGUUGGGCGAAGCGAAGCCCCGAGGAUUGGCCCGGACGCAGAUCGAUCAGCUGCCGUCGUAUCGAUUUUCUGGCGAGAUCGAAGAAGGUGGUCAGAGCACUUGCGUCAUUUGCAUGUGCGAAUUCGAGACUCGUCAGACGCUUCGUGUUUUGCCCUGUAGCCACGAGUAUCACGCCAAAUGCAUCGACAAAUGGCUCAAGUCGAAUCGUACCUGUCCCAUUUGUCGUGGCGAUGCAUCGGAAUUCUUUCACAGUCUGGAAUAGAAUUUAAAAGCAGCGUGUCUUCAGCAGGAUGAUUAAAAUUUUUUUCUGCCCCCGUUUUAUCAGCCUGAACGCCAUUCACCUCUACCUUCUGCGUCUGUGUACCACACAAUCUUCACCACACACACACACACUUGGCUUUAGUGUUUCUGAAAGCAAAAGCAAAUCUUCCAUAAUUUCGUCUUUUGAUUUUAUCCUUUUGAAAAUUGGUAUUUUCGUCUCUUGUAAUCGCACGGGAUACUUUCCCAUAUUAAAAAAAAAAAAAUCUACAAAAAAUGAUGUAUUGUGGCAUGUAACCCGUCAUCGGUCCUUUUUAGUUUGGGAGCUUUCUAUCCUAAAAAGAAAAAAAAUGAAAAAAAAAAAAAAAAUUUCUGCCGGAUGUUGUUGUCCCUUGUAGGCGAGCUUGUUGAUCUCACCGUUUUUCUCAAUGAAUCUGCUGCUCCAAAUCCACCAUUGAAAUCCCAACCCGCCAUAUUGUUAACACUAUAUAGUAGAAGAGAACUACAACUUUGCUCCUCGUACGUAGGCAUUCCGUCACACUCCCCUCGAAUCCAUCUGGCUCCAGCACGCGCUAUUUCAUUUUUUUUUUUUUCCAUCCGUCUUUCUUUCUUUAAUUUUUUAUUUAUAAAUUUCUUUUGCGUCCUAUUUGUCAACAUUCGUGAGAAUGACUGGUCGCUGUGAUAGAUAUUGCCAUCUAGCGUCUGGGCUUGCAGUUUAUCUGGGGAUUAAACCAACCAAUUAACUUCUAAUGAUUCAAAUUUAAUUCAUUAUCAAAUAUGCCAUUCGUUUAUGUGUUUUUAGGAUAAUAGCUAUGGUUAGAAAGAAAGCCACCUAUUCAAUCCAAUUUUUUGGGGGGGAUAUUAUUUUUUUCUUCCCUUCGUUGGUUCCAGCGAAUCAAGUUAUUUUUGAAUUCCGUACAAUCCACCCCAUGUUUCAAAAUAGACAAAAUCGGGUACACAUAUUGGUUCGCUUGCUAUACAUAUACCUCCUACCCCGAGUCCAUCUUUUCUAUCACUCAUUUUUUUAUUGCCAUCGUUUCUUUCUUCCUUCCCCGCAAAAAAAAACGUCGAGUGCAAGUGUUGUCUAUAUUAUUAUUGUUACACAAAUUACAAAAAAAAAAACCUACCUACCACUGGCCUAAUGAAUCACGCGUUAAAUUUAUUUUCUUCUUCCUCAAUGGAUUCUCACCCACUCUGAGAUGAUGUAAUUAUUUCGAAAUUUUGCCGUGGUGUCUCAUCCAUCCUCUUCUCUCUACUUUUCUUCAAAUAAUCUUGUGUGUCUUGUAACUGUUUCGUUCCUCAACCGUUCAGCUAAUAAUCCCUCUAUCGUGAGAGAGGGUCAGUGCAGUAUCCUUUUACAAAACACACUGCUCUCUUCUCUAUCUCUUCGUACACUUGUCUAUUAAACAAACGAUUGUAAAUCCUUUUUGCUCGCCACAUUGUUUUCUGUUCUUUUUCUUGUGUGUUACUGAAUUGAUCGUUUUCCUCCUCUUCAUCCCAUCUUUGUUUGUCAAUCCUUUUUUUUCGUCUAAUGUUUCGCUCCUGUCCCUCUCGAGAGCUCGAGAGAAGUUUUUACAUAUUGGAAUAUGUUUUGUUUGUUUGUUU